UCACAGUUAUAUUCCUAUCUUCUAUAAUGAAAUCGUACACGGUAAUGGCUGACGUUGAAGUAGAGUCUAGGACCCUUAACCAGUGCAAGAGGCGAGUGAUAAUCCGCAAUGGCCGGUGAAUAUUUUAAACAGAUAAAUAGAUCUUCCGAUGGAUGGCGGAAGUUGACAUGAGAGAGCUCACCAAAGCAAGAUAACAUUUGCAU